UAAAAAACAGUUCGUCAGCUGACAACCAUAAUUUGUCCAAGCAAAUUCUAUGAUCAUCUUCAUGUCCCAGUUUUAUCAUCGGUCGAGUUUCCCAUAGAGCAAGCUGAGCAACCAACCAUCAUCUCCAUGAAUCCGUCAUCUUCGGCAAAUCCUGAUCGAGCAGGUCCUGGGUCCCAGGUGGCGAACUGCCUGCAACGGCUGUUGCGCAGCGGACAUCUGAGUGAUGUGCACUUCUCAGUGGGAUGCCAGUUCGGCCAAACCAAGGACUUCUUCGCGCACAAGCUCAUCCUGGCCGCUCGCAGCUCCGUCGUGCAUGCCAUGUUUUACGGGAGUCUGCCUGAGAACUGUCAAAUUGUCCUCGACAUUCCCGAUAUUCACCCGGAAGCUUUUGCCAAUCUUCUCAGUUUCAUGUACGCUGAUACGGUGGAAAAUCUCACCUUGGACAAUGUCUUCGCCACGAUGAGCUGCGCUGACAAAUAUGAUUUGCCACAGCUGGUAGAAAUCUCUUCUGCCUUGGUCAUCAGCCAGCUGAAACCGGAGAACUGCCUGGACAUUUUGGAGGAGGCAAUACAAUCGCACGCCGACGGGAUAGUGCAGAAGUGUCUGGAACUGGUGGAUGCCAGGAGUUACCGAAUUCUGCAUUUGGAGUCGUUCACGGCCGUUAGUCCGGCGGCACUGCGGAUGAUGCUGUCGCGCAACACACUGACCGUGGAGGAAAACGUUGUCUGGCUCGCUGUUGAAAGGUGGGCUGCGGCAGCCUGUGCUCGUAGCAACACGAAUCCAUCCGGCGCGAAUCUACGAGAGAUCCUGGGGGAUGUCUUCUCUCUUAUACGAUUCCCGUUGAUGACACGCUCCCAGUUGGCUAAGGGUCCUGUGAAGAGCGGUCUCCUGAACAAAGCGGAAAUCUCCAGCAUCAUCACGUACCAGAAAACCAAAGCGAAACAGUCCCUUGUCUUUCCCACGGAACGCCGUACAGGACAGCAGCCGCUCCAUCCGCUGACGCUGCGCUAUGGAGAGGACGUCUUCAUACCCACCGUGCGAGGAGACUACUGGGAGCCGGCGCGCGCUACCGCAUUCAAUCCGUCCGAGGUAGGGUUUGUUUAUUGCGGAAGCAGUCACAGCGGAACGGUCACGCCGGACAAGGUGGUGCGGGCGGCGGAUAUUCUGGAACAGGGCCAGCCGCUGCAAGUACAGACUGUAUCCAGUGUGAGUCACCAGGAUGCAACGUAUGACGGCAUGGAGGGUAGUCAGCACCGGGUUAGCUGCAGUGGACGGAACGUCAUUGUCUGGUUCGACUGUUUGAAGUUGUUGAAUAGUCAGGUGGUUUCAUGGAAGAAGACUAAUGGAAAACUGUAAUGAGAUCUGUCGCAGCUGACAGGUUUUGGUGCUGCGCAU